CUAAGAUUUCCCUUCAAAAAAUAAUGGAGUUGUAUUUAGCAGCAAAAAAAAGUUAGCUUGCGACGAACGGCUAGUUUUGCUUCAGGGAUAUAUUAUGGCAGAUUUAUACAAUCAAUUGGAUAAAAGCUCACCUAUUGUAAUUGUUGGUGCGGGUACUUUUGGUUUGUCUACAGCCUUGGAAUUACUAAGAGGUGGGUUUGUAGAUGUUACAUUAGUAGACCCAUAUCCUCCACCGUCACCUUUAAGUGCCGGUAAUGAUAUUAAUAAGAUAUUCCAGUAUAAUGUGGACUCGCUAUUUUAUUCUCAAUUAGCUUGGGAGUCGUAUGACUUAUGGAAAACAGAUCCUGUUUAUAAAGAUUCUUUUUAUGAAUCAGGUAUAAUUUAUGCUGCUAGUACAUCGGAAAAGAAGAUCGAUUUAGAUAAUAGAAUGAAACUUUUGCAAUCCAGAGGAAUUGAAUUUCGUAAGCUAUACAAUCAUCAAGAUUUUUCAAAUUUGAUUGCAUUAGAGACUCCAGAAAAUGGAAUAACUAACGAACUUGGAAGUCGCUUCAAAAACUGGUAUGGAUAUUUUCAAUCUUCUAACUGUGGAUGGGUUAAUGCUAGACAUACCCUUGAAACAGCAUUUCAUGAAAUUAUUAAGUUAGGUGGGAAAUUUAUUUGCCAAGAGGCCAAAUCAUUGAUUGUUGAUAAUGGUAUUGUUACUGGUAUUACUACUUCUUUAGAACUGAUCUAUGGAGAUAGAGUAGUUCUUUGUGCUGGUGCUCAAUCCUACAAAUUCUUGGAUUUUAAAAACCAGUUAUUGGCUAAAUGUUUUACUUUAGCUCAUAUUAAAGUAAAUUCAGAAGAAGCAGCCAAAUUGAAAUCUAUGCCUGUGAUUUUAAAUUUGAAUGAAGGUUUCUUAUUUGAACCAGAUGAAAAUGGUAUCAUAAAAGUCUGUAAUGAAUUUCCUGGCUACAUUAAUUUCAGCCAACUGAAUAAUACACCCAAUGCCGACAAUGGCAUUAAUGAUUCAAUUAAUAAUUCUAUUCCACUAUAUGUUAACAAUAUACCUUAUGAAGCAGAAGUUCAAAUUAGAGAUUUCUUAAAACAGGUAUUCCCAGCAAUAGCUACAAGAAAAUUUGAAUCAUGUAAACUAUGCUGGUGUACUGAUACACCUGAUCGACAUUUCUUAAUUACGACGCAUCCUCAAUUAUCUAAUUUAAUACUUGGAACUGGAGAUUCUGGUCAAGGAUUUAAGUAUAUGCCAAUCAUUGGUAAGUAUAUUACAUCGUAUAUUAUCGGUUCAAGUAAUUCUCUAGUACCACCAGAAAUUAGAAACUGUUGGAAAUGGCGUCCUGAUCAAGGACAAAAUCGCGAUAUUUACUGUCUACAAAAUAGAUCUGGAGGGUCAGAUAAGGUCAGAAAUCUUUGUGAGAUUAAGCAAUGGAGUCAUGAGAAGGAACAAAUUAUUUAAACCUCAAUAAGAUCAUACUAAUAAUUAACCAUGUGCUUGGUAUGUACUAUAUUAGUUAUGUAUGAGGCGUGCGACAUAUUUGCUGCCACUGAAGGUUUGAUUACUAGUUUAGGCAACAAAUUGGGGGAAAUGUCUCGCUUCGAAAAAAUGAAUUAUUAGGGGGGAAGGGAAAUACUUCUCAUAAUAAUGGCAUUGUGAUAGAGAACAAAGAGAAGGGAAAAUAUAGUAAAACUGCCGUGCAUUAAUUGUAAUUACAGGUAUCAGUAAUACGAUAUAGUUAAUAAAAUUAGUGAUAUAAGUUCAAAUAUUAUCAUAUGAAUAUUGAAAAUACCUUAACUAGUCAUUA